AUGUUUUUACAAGCGUAUUCAGACCACACCGGACUGAUGUUACUGGCUAUUAUUCUGGGUCCAAUCCUCUUUCUUUUUGUAUAUCGGGCUUUCCUACACCCGGCAGCGAAGUUCCCUGGACCUUUCAUUAACAGGCUGACUGGUCUUCCAGAGUUGAAACAUGCUUGGGAAGGUGAUAGACAUCUUUAUCUAUAUCGGUUACACCAGAAAUAUGGCCCUGUGGUGAGAUAUGCGCCAAAUAAACUGUCCUUUGAUACUGCAGAAGCUCUGAGUGAUAUCUAUCACGGCUACAAGCCAAAUAUCUGCAAAUCCGAUUUCUACAAUGCGUUCCCUGCUCUCAAAGGAUUCCCCUCGACUCAUAGUGCCAUCGACAAGCAAGUCCAUAGCCGAAAACGUAGAGUGUUGUCACAUGCAUUUUCCAACUCUGCUAUCCAGUCGAUGGAUGACUAUAUUUUUACCAAUGUCAAGGAGUUCUGUAAAUUACUGGGAGAUAAAACAAGGGAUGUAGUCAAUGUUCCCGGAGCAAGCCCUGCUAAAAACGUUUCUGCCCUGUCCAUUUAUUUGACAUUUGAUGUCAUGGGAGAACUCUGUUUUGGCAAAGCGUUUGGUAUGUUAACCAAACCAGAUAUCAGAUCAAUUGCACAUUUGAUUGAUUCUGCUGCUCAUCGACACUCUGUGUUUGGCAGCUACAGACUUCUUGAAACUUUACAUCUUAAGAAGAUAUUCUUCAGCCAGCUUGCUGCCAAAAGAGAGAGGUAUAUGACAUACUCCAAGGCACAAGCCACUGAAAGAACUUCUCGUGGAGAAAAAGGUGAUGAUGACCGCAGAGAUUUUUUCUACCACCUUCUCCAUGCUAAAGAUCCCGAAACCGGUGAGGGUUUCACUAUGAACGAACUAUGGUCUGAAUCCAACCUUCUCAUUGUGGCUGGUUCCGAUACUACUUCGACCGCAUUGGCAGCUACUUUGAGAUAUUUGGCUUUGUACCCCCAAACUCAGAAGCGUUUGGCACAACUUGUCAGACAGCACUACAGUUCAGCAGACGAAAUCCGUUCUGACCCUGCUACUGGUGCCACUAUAAGUAGUAAGAUUCCUUACUUACGAGCUUGUAUCGACGAGGCCAUGAGAUUGGCUCCUCCAGUGCCAGGAAUUUUGCCCAGACUUGUGCUGAAUAACUCGGUGAUUAGUGGUUACAGGGUUCGAGCCGGAAUCGAGGUCGGUGUUACCACAUACGCCAUGCAGUAUAAUCCGAAAUUCUUCCCUGAUCCUCAUCAAUUUAGACCCGAGAGGUGGUUGGACGACCCUCAUGAGGCAGAGGUCGGUCGCUCGGCAUUUGCACCUUUCUCAGUGGGUUCUCGAGGAUGCAUUGGUAGAAGUUUGGCUUACGUUGAACUGGAGAUGGCUGUUGCCCGUACGGUGUUCAUGUAUGAUUUCAAAACUGUAACCGACGGUGAAUACGGUGAUGGAAAGUAUGGUAUUGGCUACUCUUCUUUCCUAGAUAUCCCACCUGGAGACGAGCUCCUCCGUGACGGAGAGCAUGAGACUGCCUUUAGAAUCUGGGAUCAUUUCGCUUCCUUCAAGGAUGGUCCCUUAGUUCGAUUCGAGCCGGCCAGUGAAAAGUAG